CUCACUGGAAACUUAUAGAUCUAUACUACAGUGUGCUUAUUUUUUAAUGUCCUAAUCCUAGAUCUACUAUUGUCAAACAAAAGGAAACAACAACCUUCCCUGCUUUUUAUGUGUUUAUGAAAUCAAGUUUAAGGUUUGUUACCAAGAGUUUUACUCCCAAGUGUUUUGCUUCUGGGAAGCUUCUGGUGCGUGUACCUAGCCUACGGAUCAUUAAGACAAGAUCAAGUUUCUAAAUUUAGAUAUUAUCGAGAUAUAUAUCAUUGGGAUUGGAUAAGUUUCUAGAAAUGGAAAGUUCCAAGAACAAUAGAGUGGAGAAGAGAGGGUAUGAGCUAGUUGAGGAGGAUGAUGGUGCACAGCACCAUCUGACUCAGUCAAAGAAGCCAAAACUACCCGGUUUAGCCAGUGUAAUUGUGGAAGCUUUAAAGGUGGAUAGUCUGCAGAGACUUUGCUCAUCUUUGGAACCCCUUCUCAGGAAAAUUGUCAGUGAAGAAGUGGAGCGUGCUUUGACAAAAUUGGGUCCUGCUAAACUGGCUGAAAGAUCUACACCACCAAGAAUAGAAGGACCAGGGUCAAAGAAUCUGCAGCUUCAUUUCAGAACAAGAAUGCCACCUCACUUGUUCACUGGAGGGAAGGUUGAGGGAGAGCAUGGAGCAUCUAUUCAUGUUGUCUUGUUGGAUCCGAACACAGGAAAUGUUGUUCAAGUUGGACCAGAAUCAGUUGCUAAAUUGAAUGUUGUGGUGCUUGAAGGUGACUUUAAUGAGGAAGCUGAUGAUGAUUGGACAAAAGAGCACUUUGAAAUCCAUGAAGUAAAGGAAAGAGAGGGGAAAAGGCCACUUCUAACUGGAGAUUUGCAGGUUAGCCUAAAGGAAGGGGUAGGAACCUUAGGGGAUCUUACUUUCACUGACAAUUCUAGUUGGAUAAGAAGCAGAAAAUUCAGGCUUGGUAUUAAGGUGGCUCCUGGGUAUUGUGAGGGGAUUCAUGUUCGUGAGGGAAAGACUGAAGCCUUUGCUGUUAAAGAUCAUAGAGGAGAAUUAUAUAAGAAACACUAUCCACCUGCUUUGCAUGAUGAAGUUUGGAGAUUGGAUCGGAUAGCAAAAGAUGGGGCACUUCACAAAAAAUUGAUUCAAGCAAAAAUAGUAACUGUAGAAGAUUUCCUGCGUCUUCUUGUUCGCGAACCACAGAAGUUAAGAAGUAUACUUGGUAGUGGAAUGUCCAACAGGAUGUGGGAGAACACUGUGGAGCAUGCCAAGACAUGUGUCUUGGGUGGUAAGCUCUUUGUUUACUUCACUAAUGAAACCAAUAACACUGGCAUUGUGUUCAACAACAUAUACGAGCUGAGAGGCCUUGUUGCUGAUGGGCAAUUCUUCUCUUUGGAAUCACUUACUCCAAAUCAAAAGAUGUCUGUGGAUUCCUUGGUGAAGAAAGCAUAUGAAAAUUGGAACCAAGUUAUAGAAUAUGAUGGCAAAGUUUUAAAUUCUAUUACUAAUUCCAAAAAGGGGUCAAGAUCUGUAGCCACUCAUAUAAUGCAUCACAAUGAUUUCCCAGAGCAGCAAUAUACUUCUACAAAUCAGCAUUUUCAAAUAGCAAAUAACUACUCAUCUAGUCCUGAUUUGACUGAUUACCCAUUUGGUAGAUCUGAUAAUCAGAUAGUAGGGACAUCAUUAAAUAACUCUCAAGUAGCAUUGUCAAGCAGCAUGAAUUACAACAUACCAGGUGAAAAUCCUGAAGUUGAAGGCACAUAUUUUCCUGGAGAUUGGUCUAGGCAGAGAAGUGGACAAGGAUUGGAAGACAUUGUGGCAGAAGAACUCCGUCUUAGGAGUUCAGAGAUGUUGGAGAGUGAUGAUAUGCAGAGGUUGCUUAAGACAAUUAAUGUAGGAGGAGCCAAUAUGUCAGCUAAUUUUGAUCAUUCUAAUGAGGGUUGUUACACUUACAGCCUUCAGUAUGAGCCUCAAAUGUAUCAUUCAUUCAGUGAGGAUCAUGGUAAGUCUUCAGGCAAAGCUGUUGUCGGGUGGCUUAAGCUCAAAGCUGCUUUAAGAUGGGGCAUAUUUAUCAGAAAAAGAGCUGCAGAAAGGAGAGCACAGCUUACUGAGUUGAAUUGAGUUAAAAUGCUUGAAAGUUGGAUAUUUUCAACUCAUGUCAAACUAUUAGUAGCUUGCUUAUAUUGCUCUUGGAAUGUGACGAAAGCAAGUGCAAACUCUUUCAUUGCUUACAAGACUUGAGAAAAAAGGAUGUAAAGAAAUGGUGUUUCAAGGUUUUCAACAGUGGCUUGAAGGUGGAAAUACUUCAUGAUAUGUAACAAAUUCAAAAUUGCAACCUAGGACAUGCUUACUGUCAGAAAACAAGCUCUCUUAUUGUGGCAUUUUUCCAUUAGUAUUGUGUAAUUUAAUUAUGAUUAAUUACCGAUCUGAAGUUUGUAUCUAAUGUUUCUUGCCUUUUAUUAUUUUCUAAUAUUGUAUCAUGAAAUAUUUCGGAGCACAUCCCACAUGCAAUAAAAGUU